UGGUUCACCCGGCGUGUACUCAUCCGUUUGUAGUUUUCUGACAUUUUUCUGUUUGUUACAAAAUGUUUAUCAGAUCAACUUGUGCAAAAUACAUGGAAAACCUUAGUAAUAGUGCGCGUGAAUCAAUCAUGAGGCUUCGAAGGAUGUUUCAUUAAUUGAAAAAGCCUACGACACUUUUUAAAUAAGAAGUGCCAUGGAUGAUGAAGUGCGUCUAGAAGGAGAGGAAGAAAUGGAGCUCGACGAAGCUUCUGACGGAGAAGAUGAAGAUGAGGAAACUGCAGGGAUCCCAGUUUCUCCUGCCAACUCCGACCAAUUGCUUGGUCCAGCUCCCAUUUCUGGAAACAUGUUGUGCGCAGUCACACCAGAUGAACCGUUUCCUGAUCCAUUGAGAUAUCAAAAAUUUCCACAUCCCAGUGGGAAACCGUUGAAUAUCCGAAGAGGUCCUGGGAGACCUCGCAAAGAACGCCCUCCCGGAUCGGUAAGAGGUGUCGGAGUUCGUAAAUCAUUUGGAAGGGGCUCCGCGAGAGGCAAAGGACUUGGCUAUGCGCGAGGAAUGCCUCGUCGUACCAAGAGUAAAGAUGAUGAUACCCAUUCUGAAUCACCAAGUCCUCUAAGAAUCGGUGAUGAUGGACAAGGAGACGGUGGCGAAACUUCCGGUACCGACAGAUCAAUGCCAGCACCUGAUGAACCACCUAAUUUUAUGGAGCAAUGGCCGGGAAAGGUGUGCGCCUUUUGUAAUUUGGGAGAACGAAGUCAAUUGGGCCAAGGAAAAAUGGACAGGUAUACUUUACCUGAAGGAUUUAUACCCGUGAAAAAUGCAAAUCAAGACACUUCGGAAGUUCCCCUAGACAUAAUUAAUCCAGGUGAUAAGAGUCCGCGCAUAAUUGGACCUGGAGCCGUUACAUGUCGUAGGCAAAAAAGUCUCGCCAAAUGCAGGAAUCCUAAUGUUUCCAAUUUUAUUGAACCAGUGGAAGAGUUAACGAUAGUUGGCUACUCGGAAGAGCCGGACGUUGGAAAUUUGUUCGAGCAAACUGGACACUUUUACGCUCAUUUUUAUUGUGCAGUGUGGUCUAGCAAUAAUCAAAAUGUAACACCUGAACUUAUUAGCGCUACUGUCAUUCAAGCAUCUUCGCGACGCUGUGCCUCUUGUUCUCAUUAUGGAGCGGGAUUGUCUUGUAAAGUGGGAUCGUGCAAUCGUUAUUUUCAUUUGCCAUGUUCAGCUGCUUCUAGUUGCUUUCAGGAGAAAACUACAUUAUCUUUAUUCUGCAAUAUUCAUUCCGACCAAGUCCCUCGACUUUUAAAUUUCGAUGUAAGCUGUAUGAUAUGUGGUCAAAUGGGAGACGUUUCAAAAUUGGUGAUGUGUUCAAUUUGCCAUCAGCACUAUCAUGGACUUUGUGUUGGUUUGCGUCUAUUACCAGGAGUUCGUGCAGGAUGGCAGUGUUCAACCUGUCGAGUAUGUCAGGUGUGUCGAGAACAUGAAGACGUUUCAAAAGUAAUGGUUUGUGAAAGAUGUGACAAGGCGUAUCAUCCGGGCUGUAUGAGACCAAUUGUCACGUCAAUUCCAAAAUUUGGUUGGAAAUGUUUAUGUUGUCGUAUUUGUACGGAUUGUGGAUCUCGUACUCCAGGCGCUGGACUUUCUUCUAGAUGGCACGCCCAAUAUACAGUUUGUGAUUCGUGCUAUCAGCAAAGAAAUAAGGGAUUCUCGUGUCCACUUUGUCGGAAGGCGUAUCGCGCUGCCGCCUAUAGAGAAAUGGUACAGUGUAGUGGUUGUACAAAAUUUGUACAUGGCACAUGCGAUCCCGAUGCUGAUCCUCAUACUUAUCAGAGACGAAAAGAGGAGAAUCCAGAUUAUGAAUAUAUUUGUAAGAAUUGUAAAAAUAUGGCACUUAUGAAACGUAAGGAUAGUUUUGAUGAUCAUGGAUUGGAUAUGAGCUUAACUGGAUCUCAGGACAGUCUUUAUGAUGGCGAUUCGUCGGAGUAUGAUUAUACUGGUGGUUUUGAUGAUUCUUAUUAUUCAAUGGGAAUGGGAAAAGGAAAACCAUUUUGCGCUUCCAAAAUUGCUAAGAAACGAUUUGGUGGUGGCGUUGUGGGAAGACCGAAAGGAAUGGGAAAACACGGGUAUCAAAAGCGGCAGAAAAUGAAUGAAUUUGGCCGCAAACGGGGACCAAAAGCAAAAAUGCGGGGUAUUUUUGGAGUGCCUGGAGUUGGAUUACAGUGUAUGUCCGAUUCGUCGAAGGAGGACGAGCCGGGAGUUGAAAACAGAUUGGUCUUGUGUUCGGCGAAGGAUAAAUUUGUUUUGACACAGGAUAUUUGUGUGAUGUGUGGAGCUAUUGGGACAGAUCAAGAAGGAUGUCUGAUAGCUUGUGCGCAGUGCGGCCAAUGUUAUCAUCCUUACUGCGCCGGUGUAAAGGUCACAAAAGUUAUAUUGCAGAAGGGUUGGCGAUGUCUCGAUUGUACCGUUUGCGAAGGUUGUGGCGAGAAAACGGACGAGAGUCGUUUGAUACUUUGCGACGACUGUGACAUAAGCUAUCACAUCUACUGCUUGGAACCGCCGUUGGAUUAUGUACCUCAGGGCAGUUGGAAAUGUAAAUGGUGUGCACAGUGUCAAACCUGCGGUUCAGAUAAUCCAGGAUUCAAUUGUAGUUGGCAGAAGAAUUACACUCAGUGCGGACCUUGCGCUUCACAUACAAUUUGCCUCGAGUGUCAACAACCUUACAAUGAAGGCGAUUUAAUAAUCCAGUGUAGUCAGUGUCAACGAUGGCUUCACUGUUCCUGUGACGCAAUUAAAACUGAAGACGAUGCCGAAAAAUGCGCUCAAGUUGGUUACAAUUGCACCCAAUGUCGUCCCAGCGAUGAACCGCCGCCUCAUAUAUUGCGUAGUUUGCCAAAACCACAACCUAAAUAUCCUCGAUCACCACCUCCACUCACUCGGAGUCCAGAGCAUUAUAAGCCUUCGCCUCAACAGUAUUUAGUCGACGGUGUUUAUUUAUCCGAAUCGGGUAUGAAUCACAUUAAAUCGUUAACAUUCGAGCAUCAGCAAACGAGAAAGAAACGAAGAAAGUUGCCAGUGGUUGAUAAGGAAGCGGAUAUAAUGGCAACCAUUGAGUCAGUGGUCGCUGGAGGAAGUCAUGAUAAUUCUCUGGAUGAUGGAAGCGGGAAGCUAGAUCUUCUCGAUGUGAAGGACGAACCUACUGAAGUUUUAAAGGAAGGAAUGACUUGGACUCCACGUAGUGGAGAACCACCGCCUGAAGGUUUUAGUAUUUACACCACCGAAAAUGGAGUCACCGUUCUGAGACGAAAACGUCAGCGUAAUUUGCAAAAACUUGGAAUUGGCGGUUUUGUUGUUCGACUCAGGGGAAUGAGGAGAGAUAAAGAAGAGGAGGGUGACGGGGAGAAACUUCCCGAUGGAAUGAUGGGACUUUCAGAGGAUAAACCUCGUAGGAAGCCUCAGAGAAGAAAACCAAAGACUAAGCUCUCCGAAUGUUUUCCUUCUUACAUGCAAGAGGCAUUCUUCGGCAAGGUUCUUAUGGGCACAACCAAAGACAAAGAUUUGGAAAGUAGCAGUGAUUCCGACAAUGAACACAAAACUAAUCUUAAUACUGGUACAAUUCAACUAUCACAGGAUGAACUUAAAGCAAUUCAACAAGUCAAGGCGAAGCAAGAAAAAGAGGAAAUCAAAAUACCAAUGGAAUCGCAUAUUAAGAGGGAAGAGAUGAUGGAUGAAGAUAACAGUGAUCCUGAAGCUCUUGGUGAUAUACUACCAAUUUCUGGUGAUUUACUGGACAGUGAUUUAGUUAAUACGAUAAUGAACGAGCCUGAUGAAGAUUUGGUUAAAGCUAGUGAAGCUUUAGAGGAAUUGGAUGAUGCUCAAGGCUCUACCAAGGACGAGUUGACCGAUAUUCUCAGUCCGCACUUUAAUUUGGAGUCUAUGGUUAGAGAUACAGGCUUGCCAAAUAUGGACAGCAAAGACGUGGAGGAAAUUUUCAAAGGUGUCCUUACUGAUGAAUCUCAAGAAUCUCAAGAAUCUUCAGUGUUUCCGCUUCAGCCUCAAGUAACGCCACAUGCUUCUGCUCCUACCACGCCUUUAGUUUCGCCUUCUCCUCAUCCAGCUCUACAAGGAGGUUUGCAAUUGGUAAGACCUCAAGUUGCCAACACUCUACCUUCUGUUGGACAGAAUAAUUUGAAUUCUCCAAUGAGUUUUCCACCUCCCUCGCCCUAUCAUUCUGAAUACAGCAACAGUCCACAGCAAUUUAGUCCUGCCUUCUCGGAACCACCGAGUCCAUGGGUAAAUCCAGAAGACGAGGGAGCUGGUGGAAAUUCUGGUGUUCCACAUAACCAAAGAGGAAAUAAUCCUAAGAUGGAAGCCGAUGAAGUUCUAGGCACGGGAGCUACGAUCUCAAUGGUCCUUUACGCCAAUAUUAACCAUCCGGAAUGGAAAAAAGAAUUUCCAGCUUGGCCUGAUCGUCACAAGCAAAUUCAGAAGAAAUGGCGUGCUCUACCCGCAGAAACAAAAGCUCCGUAUUUAACGCAAGCCAGAGAAAAUAGAGCUGCAAAUCGUAUGAAGAAAACACAACAGAUACCCAAGGAUUUACCAAGCACGAACCCAGUCACUGCAACAAGCGCACCUACCAUCACCACCAAACCUGUCACAACAAUGUCAUCAGCUCAAGUUCCUCCAGUAGUUCCAAUGGCCACCAGUCAAAAGCAAAUUGGCCUUUUGUCCUCGGUGGACGGGGAUAAAUCACAGGAGAAGUGUCUACUGCCAACAGCCGGAUCAUCAUUAGGAGCAACAACAAGCAGUGGUCAACUAGCGGAGGUGUGUGCGGUACAAGGACCGCCGAGGCAGCUAACAACUUGUUCUCCGAGCCCUUCCCCAACUUCCACAACCCCUUCUUCUUCACCUAGACCCAGCUCUGUCAAUUCUAUAAAUUCCAUUAAUAGUCUGGCGCACCAAGAAGUUGCUAGUGGUCAGGCUAGAAUUGCACAAUCGCCAGCUACGUCUUGCACAACAACAACUGCUUCCUCUUACUGCAACGUGGUCGCCGGUGAAGGGCAACAUCAAACGUCACCACCCCAGCAACGUCCCUCACCUGUUCAUGUCACAAUCAGUACAAGUACUAUCGUUAACAGCCAGAGCGUAUCCCAGGUCUCCCCCACCACCACCACUACUACUGCAACUGUUACGGUAGGAAUUGGCCCUGUUCGCCAAUUAUCCUCCGUUGAUCAUCAGAUUAGAGUGCUCACUCCAUCUGAAAUCAUGCGCACCCUCCCUUCCCUCUGCCAGGAGCACUACGAUCCGCCACCCACUGCAAUUAUUCACACUGUACCUGUACAGUCCCCGGCUAUGGAGCAGGAAAGGCUUACGAACAGGGAUAGAUCGACUCGUGAAGCCGAACAAGAACGACAAUGGAAACAACUUCAAGCUUUGCGUCAGCAACAAGCUCAACUACAGCAGCAAGUUAUUCACGAGCAGCGUGUUCAUGCUAUGGCGAGAGUACACAGGCAGAUUAACGAAGAUGGCACUCCAGUUAUGAAUCAAGACGGAACAACAGGAUUAACAACACAAUUACAAGUCUCCACUUCUCAAGAAGCAAAUCAGAUAUCUUCAAUAGCCUCGCCAUCGCCGGGAUCUCGUGCGACGUUCGCAGCACCGCCAAUAAAAGUUACUCGCGGCAUGGCACCGCAAAUUCCUCUCCAAGGUAUGCCACGUUUACCGAAUCAAACCUGUACAACGGGAAUGCGACCGAUGGGAAAUGUCGUGAGGCCUGGGAUUCCGACAGCGUUUCCCCAGCCUCCAUCGCCAUUUUCACCCCAAGCUCCACAAUCGCCUCACGAUUUUCCACAAUCUCCUGCUUCCUCACAAUCUCAAGAGCAUUUUCAACGCUUCGAAAGCAAUGAAGCCUUCUCGCAAGGCUCACAAACGCCACGAUCGCAAAUUGUCAGUACUCCAACUUAUGCAACGUCACCGAGAAAUGACGUUUUCAACCAACCACCCGGUACUCCACGUCCCGUUUUCAAUGCUAAUAAUAAUCGUUCCACGACACAUGUCUACGCUCCGUCGCGUACUCCCGAUCCAUAUAUCAGUCAACCCGCAACACCAUCUCCGGUCUCGAAUUAUCCUUCUCCCAGGUCAGAAACAAGAUCCGAGCCUCAACCAACCGAGGCUUUCAGUCAGCAACCAGAGGUCAAUCGACAGCUGAGAGAUCUUCUACAGAGACAACAAUUCAGUAAAAAGAUUGAAACUCAUGGUGCUUCCUGGCCUCAAGAUGGUCAAAAUCCUGGUGAAGUGUUACCGCAACAAUUCGAAACCGGGCAGAUACAGUUACCUCAACAUCCUCAAUUGUCGGGAAAAUCGGCUGAGGGAACGUUUAGGCAACCGCUACCGCCUGGAAUCGUGAGACCAAGGAUGCCGCAACCCAACGUUUUUGUUCGAAAUCCUAUUGGCGUGAGUCAAAGACAUGUGAUGGCUGGUAAACUUGAUUCAACGAGACUUCAGGGUCUGGAUCCACGAACUAGACUACUUUUGAGACCACCCGUGUCUGUUGGUGUACCUCAACAGCACUUCCAAAGCAACCAAGUUCUACAGCGAUUACCUGGUCCUAGAGCUGCUCUACAGGAACAUUACGAAGUCAUACAGCAACAAAGAUUCUCUGAACCCAAUCAAGGACAGAUAACGCAACGUAUUGUGAGAGCAGGCCCGGACGCACUCAGUCAAGGAAUAAGAAUGUUGGGCGCUCAGGGCAUGAUCAGACCGCCUGUAAUUUCUACCAGAGUAAACGAAACCAACGUAAAUGCUCCGGAAGCUUCCGAAAUACCAGAUAAUGUCACAGCCGAAUUAGAGGAACUCGAGCAAGAGAGAGAAGCUCCUCUGGGAGAGGUCGAGAGCGUAAGUGCAAUAUUAGGAGACUUGGGCGAAGAUGACGAUGAACUUCUCGCUGAAAUGGGGGCUGACUUCAACAUUUUGGAAUACGCGGAUCCUGAGUUGGACAAUUUGACAGGAGGUGGAAAGACAAAUAUUCUUGAUUUGGAUCUAGAGCAAGUGGAAGUUGAACCAAAGGAAGAGAAACAAAAGAAGGACAGUAAAGUGGAGCCGAAACCUGAAGAUUUGGGAGGAACAACUAGAGCGCAUACGGAAUCGAAUGAGAAAAUUGUAACGAGCACUGUACAAACUCCAACGGAGACAACUUCUGCUCCAACGCAAACGGUUCAAGGCAUUGCACCGGCGGCACAAACUGCUCAACCAUCGGCUGGUGUUAUACCGCAAAGUCAUCCGCAAGCAGCGAUACAGCAACUGAAUCAACACUUGCAAACAGCGGCUGCAAUGGGAAGACCAGUGGCUCCAGGAACUCGAUUACUCGCACCUGAUGGCACUAUUGGUGUCGUCACUUCGACAAAUACUGUUACUGUCAGUUAUCCAUCGACCUUCCCUGGUCAUCCUCAACGCCUUGCUCAAACGCACAUGCAAGUUCAACAACAUCAACGACUCGGAAUGAGAGUCGCCGGAGUUCAGAAUGUAGCAGGGAGAAUAGUUUCCGUCAGUCAUAUGAUUGGUCCACGAAUGCCUUUGCAACCUCCACCACCGCCUCCUUAUCCAGGACCUCCACCUCCAUAUCGAGGACCUAUACAGAUGGGGCUAUGCCCAGGUGAGCGGAGUUUGACGCGGCCCCCAAUUCACAUAGGGCACCAAGUGCCAGUUCCGGGCCCACCUAUGGUCCCUAUCGUUCAUACCGGUACGCCAACAAUGUCACCUCAUCCUCAACGAAGGCCUUUGCUUCUGCAGUCGUGUUCACAGGAGCAACCUUUAUUACUGGAGGAGCUUUUAGAACAAGAAAAACGUGAACAAGAAAAGCAACAGCAGCAACAACAGCAAGCUGAUACGACAACGCCGAGUGGAGCUCUAUUGAGUGACAGUGAAUUUGAGAGACUGAGAGCUGAAGCCCUUGCUUCACCGCCUCAAGGAAUUGCAACUGUCACUGGUGGAGUGACUGCCAUAAGGCCAGCUUGCGUUCCACGACCACCAUCAUCACCGGGAGCAAAUUGGUCUCCAGCAACGCCGGAUGCGAGCAAAUUAACCGUUCAAGCUGCAAGACAACCUAUUUCCACUCAAACACCACCUGAAUCACGUAUCGUGACGUUUAAUAUACCUCAACUCCCAGCGCCACCAGCUCCUCCGGAAAAUAUUAUUACUGAACAAGAUCGUCAAGUACAAUUGCAAUAUGAGCAGUGGCUAAAUCACCAGAAUCAAAUACUCGGACAACAACUUAAGUUUUACGAAACAGAAGUUCAGAAACUCCGCAAACUCAAGAAGUCUCUGAACAGCAAACAACGUCAGUUGCGUAAAUCGGGUAAUGAAUUAACAGAAAACGAUAACGCUGAACUGGUGCGUAUUACGAGUGAACAAGGUAUUCUGCAAAAACACUUGGACGCAAGUAGAAAGCAAACUCGUCAACACGGAAUGCUGAUGCAGGAGUAUCACAGUAAACAACAACAACGUCAACUACAGCCUCAAUCAAAUGAAUCAUGUUCCCCAAUGAUGUCACCGUCUCAACACUCGUCACCACUCAGCAGUCCAGCAGCGCUUGUUUCUCACAGUCCAGGUCCUGGAAGUGCUUCUUCCACGAUGAUUCAGCAUUCACCGGCAAACUCUAUCGUGCAACACAGUCCAAAUCCACCAAUGCUACAACACAGUCCAGGAAAUUCACAAACAAAUCCCGGUACGAUGUCACCUCACAACAUGCAGCCAUCACCAAGAAUUGGAACUCCUUUGUCACAAGGAGACGAGAGUCCAUUCAGUCCUGGAGCCAUGCCUUCUCCUGGAAUUUGUGUGCCCGCAGCCACGAGGAUGACAUCACCCCAACAUCGAGCAGUCAUCACCGGGAGACUCACCACGAGUCCCGGGGCAUUCACCACCGACGCUCGAUCACCCCAACAGAUAAUAGGUGAACAGAACAUUCGAAUGCACGGCAUUACGCAACGCUUCGUUCGUCCACCAGCCGUGGGAGAAAUAAAUCAACGACCUAGAAUGACCUUACAAGCCGGCAUUGUUUACGGACAAAGAUCUCCGCUUGGCAGUCCACAACCACAGCCACAACCAAUAUUGACUCAACAGCAACAUCAGCAGAUGCUUCACCGGCAGCAAAUGAUUCAACAGCAACACGAAGUCGUUCCUCAGGAUAAUCAAACCAACAUCACUCAGAGAACUUUACUGGUCCAACACAGACAGCAACUCUUGCAGCAGCAGCAACAACAACAACAGCAACAACAAUUGCUACAGCAGCAGCGGCAACAAUUUUUGCAGUUGCAGCAGCAAAACCAACAGCAACUUCAGCAGCAAACUUUGCAGCAGCAGCAGCAGACUUUGCAACAACAGCAAAAUUUGCAACAACAAACAUUACAGCAGCAAAAUUUACAGCAGCAGCAAACUUUACAACAACAAACUUUACAGCAGCAAACUUUACAACAACAGCCUUUGCAGCAGACCCAUCAGCUGCAGCAGCAAAUUCAACAACAGCAACAGUUGCAACAACAGCAAAUUCAACAACAACAACAAAUGCAACAGCAGCACAUGUUGCAAAAGCCGCCAACAUCUCCCAUGGUUAAUCAACCAGUAAGUUCUCCGAGUCCACAACUUCAUCAGCAAAUACAACAAAACUACGGACAACAACCGCCGAGUUCUCCGCUAGCCCGUAGUCCAGUGGUGCAAACAAUGGGAUCUCCAAUGAUUCAACAACAACUCAAUCAGUCGUCUCAACCUCCAAGUCCCAUGGGCUCUCGAGUUCACAAUCAUCCCUCCACCUCUCCGAUGCUUCAGCAUCAGUUGAACAAUUCUCACCAUCCACCGCCUUGUCAAACGCCAAACUCGCCAAUGCCCCGCAGUCCAAUGGUCGGAGGUUCGCCAAUGCAAAUGCAGAGAAGACAAUCCAGUGGCAAUAGUCCGGCAAUGCCCGACAGACCCCAGAGUGUCGAGAAUCCAGGCACUCCGCGAACUCCCCACACACCUCACACUCCGCACGGGAAUUACUCCCAAAGCACCAUGAGUCACGAUCAACAAAUUCAACAACAAGAUCAAAAUACCAUAGAUCACUCGCGAGGCGGAGGAAAUCCACACAAUCCAAUCAAUCCCCUACCGUUGCCUCCCAGUUUCGGUAGAUUUGGCUACUUCAAAUUGGGACUCAGAGGCGGAUCACCCAUGUGGUCCACGAAACCCGAGACCAGCAAGGGCAAAACAAGCGAACCAACUCUAAGUAUCGAUGAGAAACCAAAUCCCCCUUCUCUCGUGCAUAGAAAAACUUCACUUAAAAAUUCUCUAGUCUGUGCGGAUUACAAUGAUUUCGACGACGAUUCACACACUCCGCCACAAACUUCGCCGCUUACAAUCGAACCCAAGGCGACAACCUCCCUGACCGACAGCGCUCUAAGCAGUCCGAACGAUAAACUGGAACCAAUGCCCGACACAACCGACUAUGACGACGACAAGAAUGUCGUCAAUUCAGAAGUGACCUUGAGUUCCGCAGCGCAGGGCGAUAAUGACGACAUCAACGACAUUGAACAAUUCGGCGACGCUAAUCUAGAAGACGUGAUAUGCCCCUUGGAAGCCGACAACCAGGACGAAUACACUCUAAACGGACUUUUCGCCCAGGACAUGGUCCUAAUCGACAGUAACGACUCUCUCAGUAACGCACUCAUUAACGACAGUAAUCAGAAUCACAAUCUGCAGAUGCAAAUCCUGGGUCUCGAACCAACCGAAAGUCAACCUGAGGUAAAUCUCGCUGAUGAGGACGUGAUGCAUUUGAGAAACAAAAAGGAAUUACAUCUAAAUCUCGUCAAGUCUGUCGAAACCGGCAAACGUCUUGCCCCCAUCACAGACACACCGGAAUCGUCCGAUCAAGAGGAACUACACACCAUCUUACCUCAAACUCAAAAUCUACCACCAAGCAAAGGCAAACUACAAGACAUUCGACCCGAUCCUGUAAACAAAAUCAUCGAGGAAAAACUAAAGGAAUCUAUUCCAAACGAAGUGAACAAAAUUGAAAAAAUCAAAGUCCAGGAAACAAAAGUUUUGGAAUCCAUUUUAGAGAAGCCGAAAUUGUACCACGAACCAGAACAACGUGGACGUGCCUCAAACUCUCAAGUGUCUACAGUGACGAUCGUCUCCUCGAGAGUUAAUCCAUUCUCAGCGAAAUCUUCCAUUCAUGCCACGACAAAUGUUAUCGAUAAACCACCAACUGCGAAGUCGAAUACAUUCUCUUCCUAUUCCAGCUCGAAGGAAACAUUCGAUAAUCAAAAUCGAGGAGGACUAACCAUGGGUUCUAUAGUAACGGACGCGAAAAUUGCCGCUAGACUCACUCAAGCAACUUUAAAAGGCACCUAUCUGAAAGAUCCAAAAGCCGACGCACCGCCAGUCUCGCUAAAAACAGGAAUAGAGAAAACAAUCGAAGAAGUGUCCAAAGCCAUCAAACCGGACAUUACACCAAAAAUAAAUAUUCCUAAACUACAAACCUCCAGUUUGAUGUCCACAUCAAAAAUGCUCCUUCCAGAAGCGUUGACAAAAAAAGAUCCUGUGUUGAAGUUAGUCGACUCGAAAGCCAGCACCUCACGUGACGAGGAAAAGAAGAAGGAAAAUCACAUUGAGCGAAAAUCUCAAGUCGAGAAAGUAGUACCCAAAGAAUCGAAACUGGUCGAGAGACUCAUCGAGGAGAGGAAGACAGAUUCUUCAAAUACCACUGACGAAUUGGAACUCGAACUCGCAGCUCUACAUAAUCCAGCGGAAAAUAUUGCGAACGGUGAGAGGAACUUGAAGAAAGAUGACACCAACACUCCGAGUAUGGAAAACUCCUUCCAAGGUAGACACAUUUCCCCCGUCACUGAGGACGACGAAUCUCUCGUUCAUAUCCUCGAGAACGAUUCCGAACCAGUCAAUGAAAUGCGAGAAGAAAAGUCGGAGAAUGAAAAGAUGAAAACGGAAACGAACAAUAAUCCAAUUUCCCUCAACAGUCAGGACGCGUUCUCCAGAAAGACUGCCGCAGUGCAAAAAAUCCUUAUGGAGGAGUCACCGGACGAAAUACUAGAUCUGCUGGACGGGAUAAUAUCCCUGAAACCAGAGAUGGCGAAUGCGGAGAAACCGAAAAGUAACCUUCAUUAUCAAGUGCCGACACCUUCCGGUACCCUACCGGCCAACAUUCUUCAGGAUUCGUCAACGGAUUUGGACCAGGGAACUUCUAGUGACCGACAAGAGAGACCUCGACAAACAUCACGAGAAACACCGCUUCAAGUGGGUCAACGAAGGGAAUCCAUCGGAACCGUAGCUCAAUUACAAAGAACCACGAGUUCCGUUUCCCAUCACUCACCCCUCUCGAAGCCUUCCGAUCUCACUCAAAACAUCAAAAACGGCUCUCAACAACUUAGGAAUCUUCUCUCCUCGUACCAAUCGAAUCAUUCCCAAAGUCACUCAACAACAGCAACAAAUAUCGUGACUCUCGUCUCGCCAUCAAUCGGAAAUACAAAAUCAGGAAGCACUGCGACGACGAGUAGUAUUCCCGCACCACUGGUGUCGAUGAAUCUACAAGGAGUGAGUGGAAAUCGUCUACAAACAACACCCGUUAUAACGAGCACUGUUCAUGGAAAAUCGGAAUCGGAAAUUAUUGUCUCAACGAAUGCCCAACAAAUGAAGGAGAGUAAUUCAGCUGUUACUUUAGUGUCGAAUUUAGCGAAAUCUCUGCCAUCGGAUCAUUUUCUACGAGUGACUGUCAGUGGAAUUCAAACACAGCCGAGUACAAUUGCACUUCAUACGCCAACUAAUACUGCUCCAAGGCCAACUGGAAUUUCUAUCACUUCAAAUGCAAUGUUGAAUGCAAUGCUCGCUGGAACCAAUUCAGCGAAGCCAACAAUGGCUGGAAGAGCUAAUACACAUUUGACUCAUACAAGUAAUUUACUAAGUUCUGUCAUGCCUUCGUCGUCUAUACAGCGAGCGCAGAAUGUUCAGGCAAUUCUGCAAGUGAGUUCCACCUGUUCUUCUGUACCGUCGCGAGUUCUCGUUAAUGUCACUUCCGCUGCGGUGAGUUCAUCAAUGCAAUGUGUCCGGACAAUAGUGCCGCCAAUGGUUACAGCAACAUCAACACCAGUGAAUGUUACCACUAGCAUUCUGCAAUCAACUUUAUCGCAAGCACCAACUUUAUUGCACUCGCAAUUGACAUCGGGCGAUGUACAAUUCAAGACUGGAUCAUUGCCAAUCGACAGUAAAAAUGUCGAGCCCGAUGCGUUACCAAUGAGCUCAACAAUCAAGAAAGAACCAGAUGGACUUCAAUCAAAAUUGCAUUCAAAUGAAAAUUCAUCAUCAUCAUCAACUUCGAGACUCGAUUCUGAAAUCAAUAAAAUUGGAGCAACUUCACAUCGACUGGAGGAAUCGCAAAAUGUUCUAUUAAAACAACUUUUGCAGAAUACAGCCUGCGCCACCACAACCCUAUCGUCAUCAAGCAGUCAAGGUCCAAGUUUACCCUUGGUACCAUCACUAGAAGCUCAAUUAGCAAGACCCGUGCCUCCAACUCCGUCUUCCUUACUCCCUCCACUAUUAAACGAACCCCCAGUGAGUAAAACACCACCAACGAAACAAGUUCUAACGAAAGAAACCUCAUUUGUCUCGCACGCAAUCACAACACCAAAAAUGCAGGCAACAACACCGAAAGAAGAGACACCGAAAAAUUCAUCUUCACAAUUACCAGUAACAACGUCUUCCUUAAACGUUCAAACUAUCGCCCGAUCACUGGAAACACUGGCGAAGCAACAGAUCCACAAUCAGCAUAUUAAGAAUCUUUCGUUAAGCAUUCCCGGUAAUCAGACCAACAUCACGACAUCAGUUACCAAAACACUAUCGCACACAACGCCUACAAGUGCCGACAGUUCAAUGGCAACGCCACUGGAAAAUAUUUCACAAUCUUCAAUUGUAUCAACUUCUGAAGUGAUUGCUCAAGUCUCUCAGGCGCAGCAGAGAGCCACGACUCCAGUGACUGUUGCGAGACAUAUUUUACAGACAAAGCCAAUCGUUACGACAAUUGCUCUUAAAGCAGCUUUAUCAAAUUCGGAAGUGGUUUCCAAUCUCGUGCAAACGGCUCAACAAUUUUCAACUCCCUCGAUUACGCAGGCUGUUGUUAGUGAAACUCAACAACAGCAUCAGCAGCAACAGCAACAACAACAGCAGCAAUUGACUCUUCCCCCGAAACCUCCGACUCCAGUUCAGCAAUCUCAGUCUCCAGUUGUUAGUACAAUACAACCGACAGUGCCUCAAACGACGACUCAUCCUUUAAGUCGUCCUCAAGCUCAGAUGCCACUAAGUACAAUUACGUCACACACAGUGCCUUUGAUGGAAGUGAAGAAAGAAAUUCUUGACGAAGUUCUCCCUGGUGGUAACUCUGUUCAACUUAACGAUACCAAAGACUUUCUUCCUGCCAAAGAAGAGCUCGUUGAUGGAACCAUCGAUGACAAAAAUGAUCUCAAAAAGUUGAAAAGAAGACAGUAUCAGCAAAAACGUAGACAAAGUCAGGGAAAGGACGCAGUCAUGGGUCCGCAAAAGAAACGUGCAAGAAAGGAGCCACGUUUAGUUGAGGAUUACGAUACGUAUAUCGACAAUGUAAUGUUACAAUUAAGACAAUUACCAGGAAUGGCUGUACUGGAACCACUCCUCAGUAGAAAUUAUGGCGUGUGUCCUGUUUUUGGAUCUGGGGAUUUAUCGAAAAUUGGCACUGCAAAAGAUUACAAUACAAGAACAGGUGAUUUAAUUGGCUCUUAUGGAAGUGCAAGAAUAUCCGGUAUUUCUGAUCAUUACAAUACUCAACCCUUCGGCGAAUUGGAUCCCCUGCCACCUGUUCCGCCAGUUUCUACGCAAAGGGGAUUCUACGAUCAAGAAUUUCCCCCAUUGAAAUUUGACGAUAAUGACAGGAAGGACAAUAUGUCAGCGACGAGAGACAUUGACACUCCAGACACUGUUGUUAGUUCCUCAUCUCCUGAAUGCGUGAUUCCUGACACACUUCACAGGUUUCCGUAUCUCCGAGUUAUUAUGGAUGACGAGUCCGAUGAUGAUUCGGAAAAUCAAAAUCGAUAUUCACCUCCAAUACCGUUACUUAAUCCUGUUCCGAUUCGAGCCGGACCGGGAUCAUUCAUCAAGGAGAUUGCUAAUAAUGAUAAAGAAAAUUUAGGAACUUCCAGAAUGGGAAAAACGUCUCCGACACCAACAAAAGAGACUGGAAACAUCAAUGUCACUGUGACUUUGAAUAGUCAAUCAUCCGAUGACAUUUUGGGAGUUCUUAAAGAUUUGGCAAAUAUUUUGAACUGUCCUGCACCCACGGAUUAUCAAAUUGAAGAACGCACUACCACUCCACCUAGUCAGAAAUUGGGUCUUUAUCGAACUAAGGGAAAAGACGGAAAGGAAGGAGCACCGAUUGAUAUUCAAAGUAUUUUAAAUGGAGCUGCCAAAUUUUGCCGACAUUGCGAUGUCGUUAUUCUCAAUACCUUAAUUAGAAAAAGAGUUUCGGAGUUUUCUCUAAUGAGUAAAGAUGAUCUGGAACCUGGCGAUGAAGUCUGCUUUUGUUCUGCUGAAUGUUACUUUCAAUUUUCCGUUAUUUACAAAACUUGUAACAUUUCUCAAGAUAAGGCGGCAGCAAUUGUGGAUCACCUCAGUCAAAAGACGGACAGCAAAUUCAUUGAGGAGAAUCUGAAGAAGUUCCAGGAGAAGAAAUUCUUCGGAAAAGGAUCGCUGGAUCGUGAUGAGAAUACUCUGCGAUUGAAGCGAUUAUUACCUGACUAUGACAGAUGUAAAAGCGAAAUUGACCUGCAAGAUGGACGUUUUGGCAAGAAGCGGUCGAUUUCAGUUUUGGAUGAACCGAUGGUAAAUUCUAAUGAACCACCACCACCGCCAGUUAAAGUUCAUAAGGGUGAUCGCUACAAGGUCUGGUCUGCCGGUGUUUUACAACCAUCUGCCAAAUAUAAGAAGCUUAAUGAACGUGAAAUCACCGAGAUGCUUUUCCGAAUGGGAGUGACUGUGAGUCCAGCGAAAGCUGAAGACACGAGGCGCUGCAUCUUUUGUCAAAAUCAAGGUGACGGCGCUGCCGACGGUCCUGCUCGUUUAUUAAAUUUCGAUGUGGAUAAAUGGGUUCAUCUUAAUUGUGCUCUUUGGGCGCAAGAAGUCUUCGAAACGGUGAAUGGAGCACUGAUGCAGUUUGAUGAAGCUCUACAGCACACUCUCACGCUGAAUUGUGUUGUUUGCGAGAAACCAGGCGCUUCUGUCAGAUGCUACAAAACUCGAUGCACCAAUUACUAUCAUCUUGGCUGUGCUGUUAAAGAUAAUUGUGUCUUCUUCAAGAGCAAGAACACCUUUUGCUCUCAACACGCCUCGAAAAACGACAAAGACGAAGAACUAACAACACUCUCAGUAUACAGGCGAGUUUACGUGAAUCGUGACGAAAAUAGACAAGUGGCUUCUGUGAUGCAUCACUCGGAACACAAUCAUCUUCUCCGAGUCGGAAGUUUGAUUUUCCUCAGCGUUGGACAAUUACUUCCGCAUCAACUCGCAAAUUUCCACACACCAAAUCACAUUUACCCAGUUGGCUACAAAAUUGUCCGCUUCUACUGGAGUAUGAGAACACUAAAUAAGCGUUGUCGUUACGUUUGUUCAAUUCACGAUGUCUCGGGGAAACCGGAAUUUCGUGUUCUCGUUCAGGAGCCUCCACAGGAGGAUCUUGAAUUACGAGAUGCAUCGCCACGCGCUGUUUGGAAUCGAAUUCUCGAGCCUCUCGCUCAAUUGAGACGAGACGAGAAGAGUGUUCAACUCUUUCAGCGUUACAUCACUGGCGAGGAUCUUUUCGGUCUCACUGAGCCCGCUGUUGUUCGUGUACUGGAAAGUUUACCGGGAAUUGAAACAUUGACUGAUUAUAGGUUUAAAUAUGGUAGAAAUCCUCUACUUGAACUGCCAUUGGCAAUUAAUCCAACUGGCAGCGCAAGAACUGAGGCGAGGCUAAAAAAUCAACUACCUUGGAAGAGGCCUCACACACAGAGGACUGGAUCAUCAGCGCGACAGAAUUUCCAACCAACCACCAAUGUUGCUGGUGAAGCCACGUGUCCCUACUCGAAGCAAUUUGUACAUUCGAAGAGUUCGCAGUAUAAGAAAAUGAAACAGGAAUGGCGAAAUAAUGUUUAUUUGGCGAGAUCGAAAAUUCAGGGUUUGGGUCUCUAUGCAGCAAGGGAUUUAGAGAAGCACACGAUGGUUAUUGAAUAUAUUGGUGAAAUGAUCCGAUCUGAAGUUGCUGAGACGAGGGAAAAGCAGUAUGAGGCUAGGAAUCGCGGUAUUUAUAUGUUCCGUUUGGAUGAGGAUCGCGUAAUAGAUGCAACUCUAUGCGGAGGACUUGCUCGUUAUAUUAAUCACUCUUGCAGUCCUAAUUGUACCACUGAAAUCGUCGAAGUCGAUAGAGAUCUCAGAAUAAUUAUCUUUGCUAAGCGAAGAAUCUCACGUGGCGAAGAGCUAUCAUACGAUUAUAAAUUUGAUAUCGAAGAUGAUCAACACAAGAUACCAUGUGCUUGUGGUGCGCCUACCUGCCGUAAGUGGAUGAACUAAAUUAAAAAAAAGCAAAAAAAGAAAAGAAAAGGUAAAUCCACCGUUGUUAUUGUUAAUACGUUAUUGGGUAGGGUUUUACAAUUAUUAAAAGAUUUAUAUAUAUACAUAUAUAAAUAAAAAUAUAUUAUAUAUAUGACAGACAUUAUUUAAUUUGUAAAGUGCCAUUGCAGUGCGACUAAACGAUUUAUAAUAAUGUUGGUGCUAAGCCAUCACGACAUUCCUCCAAAGUUGUACAAUUUUUUAGUUUUACUUAAAAAUAUUGAGAAAAAGAAAAUCAGGAUAAUCUAUCAUUUGUAUAAUAUGUUUAAUGAAUGAAUUUAAUUAGGGAGGAACACGACGAUACCCUGUCGCAGACAAAUAUAAAUAUAUCAGUCGUGUACACACAUGUAUACAAAAUGAAUUUAUAUCUUUGUAUGUUGAGAAUCCGGUCGAGAUUUUUCGACAAAUAAUGUAAUAUAAAGAAAUUUUUAUUAAGUAUUAUUAUUGAAUAUUUUCUGCACCGUCUCUGUAAAUAAAUUUAGAAUUAUAUUUCGAAUCACCGAGAUGUAAAGUAGAUGUAUCUAAAAAAAAACAUACACAAUAUUAUGUGAUUACAUGAUAAUAAAUCUGUAUAAAAAUACUAA